AUGUCUUCAAAGGUUAUUAGUGUGUUGAUCUGUUUGUUCAUUUUUCAUCUGUUGGCUGCUGGUAGUGUUGCAGGUUGCAAGAUAGGGGUCUAUGAGAUUAAAAAAGGAGAUUUCUCUGUUAAGAUAACCAAUUAUGGUGCCAGAAUCAUCUCUGUAUUUCUUCCUGAUAAGAAUGGAAAAAUAGAUGAUGUUGUUCUUGGAUAUGAUACUGUCAAGGAAUACAUUAAUGAAACACGUUAUUUCGGAGCCCUACUUGGGAGGGUUGUUAACCGGAUUGGUGGUGCUCAAUUUACUUUGAAUGGAACCCUUUAUAAGCUUGUCCCUAACGAAGGCAAUAACACAAUUCAUGGUGGCCCUAAAGGAUUUAGCUUUGUUGUUUGGAAGGUAAGCGAAUACGUGCAAGAUGGUCCAUGUCCUCACAUAACUCUAACCUACCACAGUGCAGAUGGUGAAGAAGGAUUUCCUGGUGAUGUUGUUGUCUCUGUUACCUAUGCAUUGAAAGAUCCUUACAAACUUGGUGUCGAAUUUAAGGCAAAAUCACUGAACAAGGCCACUCCGAUUAACCUGUCUCACCACCCUUACUGGAACCUCCGUGGUCACAACAGUGGUGACGUCUUGUCUCAAGUUGUUCAAAUCUAUGCAUCACACAUCACCUUAGUUGAUGAACAGCUCAUUCCUACAGGGGAAAUCUCCCCUGUCAAGAACACGCCCUACGACUUCCUUAAACCUCGUAAGGUAGGGAGCAGGAUCGAUAAAGUCCAAAUUGGAUAUGAUAGAAACUAUGUACUCGACAGCAAUGAAAUAAUGAAAGCAGUGGCAAUAGUUUAUGAUAAGAAAUCAGGAAGAGUGAUGGAUAUACAGGCGAGUGCGCCUUGUGUGCAUUUCUACACUGCAAAUUGGAUCAUUAAUGUAAAAGGGAAAGGUGGAUUUGUGUAUCAGCCUCAUUCAGCAUUGUCUUUGGAGACUCAAGGGUACCCUGACGCUGUAAAUCACCCAAAUUUCCCGUCCACAAUUGUGAAUCCAGGAAAAACUUAUGCCCACUCUGUGUUGUAUACUUUCUCCAUCAAAAAGUAGA